GGAGACGAAGUUUACAUCCACUGCGAUUUCAGAAUUUGCUUGGCAGAUGUAGACAAUACCAAAUGUGAAUGUCCAGAUGAUGCUGCCGCUUGCGUAGGUGAUCCUUCCGUUGAUGUUACACCGGUGGGGCGUAGACGUCGUUCAAUCUCUGAUUCGGUGGAUGAGUCACAGCUUUAUCGUGUUGUCUACGGUCCAUUCACCUUUCAGCAGGAAGAACUGAACAAAGAUGAAGGUAAAUGAUAAUUCACACUCCUUUUGGCCAUAGGACGGGAAUUUUGUUAGGUGCUUUCCACAUUCUCUGCUAACCAAGACUGGUUUUCCAUGAUAAUUGACCAAGUUACAAAAAAAGGCCGCACGGGGCAACUUGUAGAACCUAUAGAAACGGAACGAAAUGUAAUAUCAUAUAUCGUAAUGAUGACUAUAGAAAAUUAACGAAGGCUGAAUAAGAACCUCUAGAAAGACUGUAGAAAUUUUCUUAGUAUCUCUGCCUUUAUUGAUAGACAUGAAAGGUUUAACAUUAUAAUCUACUUACGCCCCGAUGGUUUAGUUCAAUGAUUAAACCUGGAAUCUAUUUGCUUCAUUUCAGUUGCACCUAAAGACCAAAAGAAGACCCACCAGCCUUCCCAGACUGUACCAAUUGUUGGGGCAGUAUGUGGUGUUGUGGCUGUAGCUGUCAUCUGCGCCACUGUUUACCUUGUCAUUCGCUAUCGCACCAAGCGCACGCAAAAUGGAGAUCUGCACGUGGUCACCUAA